AUGGCGGAAAAGGGCCAACCAUUGCCAAAGUUCGGGGAAUGGGAUGUCAAUGACCCAGCAUCAGCUGAGGGAUUUACAGAACGAAAAAAGACAGGUGGCAAGCCUGACUCUCCAGCACAGGAUGGUUCCACUUACAAGCCUGGUGCUACUGCUACUCUUGGAAAGCCUCAGACUCUUUUUCAAAGGUUAUCUGAGCAGUCGACAUAUUGGGCUGCUAGAGAAAUUGGAAACCCUCUGAUGGCAAUGAAAUCCACCCAAAAUUUCAUCAAAAAGGCAACCAAACCAGCCAGAAAGGCAAGAACAAGGCAAACUAGGUUUAGAUCCAAGACCCUGGUUUGCAGCAUUAGACUUGAUUGA